AUGUCGAAAUACCGCAAGAAGCGUGGAGUUGGAGCGUAUAGCGUUUGGUCCAAUUACCGCCUGAAGGUUGAUGAUUGGGUGGACCGUAUGCAUUUCUACUGGACUCCUCUUCUCCUGACGAUUGCGAUGGCACUCUCAAUCAGUGGUCGAAUUUUUGGAGACAUGAUUGCUUGCGUCUAUCCAACGGAUAUUGCAGGAGUUUAUUCCUGGAAGAACUAUUACGCACAGUAUUGCUAUCUCGCGCCAAAAAUCUACCCACAAACACAAGGUUACGGAGCCGAUUACAACCGCCCACAAGUCAACUAUUACGAAUGGAUUCCUUACUUCCUGUUGGUUCAACUUCAAGCUUUCGUUGGCAUCUCAUUGUUUUACCAAUAUUUCAUGCCAUCUCCAAAAGUGCACCUUCUUUAUGGGGAAGAGCGACUUGCAUGGGUUUGGAACCGCAUGAAACUGGAUGAUGGAGCUGAAACCUACAAGGAUGCUGAAGAGCAAAGAAUGGAAUUUGUUAGAAGUGACACCGAACAUCAUUACCAGGCAUUUCUCUAUGAGGCAACACGGCGAACAAGCAUUUUUGGACGCCUCUUCCAAGGAAAAACGGCUGCAAUUUCGUACUGGAUUUUCAAAGUGCUUGAGUUAGCUAACGCAUUGGGUCAGCUGUACUUCAUUUCUGUCUUCCUUGGACUCGAAUCACUGAAUUUUGCGCGAGCGUUCACAAGACCAAGUUAUAUCGACUAUCACCGAGGAAUAUUCCCAUUGAAAGUUUAUUGCAAUGCUACACGCCAAGCUGACUACAAAACAAUGCAAAGCUACAACUUCGAAUGUCUUCUCACGUUGAAUUAUCUGCACGAAAAAAUGUUCUUGUUCUUGUGGCUCUGGAUCUGCCUAUUGGUCGUUUCGACUGCGCUGAAUUUGAUCUCUUGGACAUACAUUUUGUGCGGACGUCAUGCUAGCCACGGCAUUGAAGAGCAUAUCAAGCGUAAUCCAUUCCCGUCGAGUGACCCUCUUACGAAGAAGACAAUCCUCUCCAUUUGUGGCUCGGAAACUUACAACUACAAACAGUUGUUGAAUCCGUAUGACUUUAACAGACUCAUGGACAAAUUCAAUGAAUUUAUUUCGAUUGAUGGUCGAAUGGUUUUUCACUUUUACUACAAGACUCUUGGAACGGCAAUUACCACUGAAUUGGCUAUUCUGAUCCUUCAAAAGGUUGCCAAGGAUAAUGGCUAUGAAGACAUGGUGAAGCCUCCACCUCCUGAACCUGUGGAACCAUUUGAAGUGAGCAAGCGCCCACACAAAAAGCUGCCAGAAAAGAAGGAUUUCAACGGAGAUGAAGAUGCCGACUCUGUCGGCACCGCUUCAACUAUUCAAUCGAAAGAUUUUGUGCAGCCAUCGGUACCCUACUCACAUGGCGUCUUCAUU